CGAAAACCUCCAAGCUCCUUUCUCUUUCCUCCAAGAAUUUCCCUCCAUAACUCUCGAGGGUUUUCUCCUCUCCGAUCGCUUUCAUGGCUGCUUAUUCCUCCUCGUCCUCCAUCAGCUACUACGAGAUCCCAUGGGUGGAAAAGUACCGGCCGACCAAAGUCGCCGACGUCGUCGGCAAUGGCGACGCCCUCUCCCGCCUCCAGGUCAUCGCUCGCGACGGCAACAUGCCCAAUCUCAUUCUCUCGGGACCGCCGGGGACCGGGAAGACCACGAGCAUUCUUGCCCUAGCUCAUGAGCUACUUGGCCCUAAUUUCAAGGAGGGGGUUCUUGAACUCAACGCAUCAGAUGAUAGGGGGAUAGAUGUUGUGAGGAACAAGAUCAAGAUGUUUGCACAGAAGAAGGUGACUUUGCCGCCGGGUCGCCACAAGGUUAUAAUUCUAGACGAAGCCGACAGCAUGACUUCUGGAGCACAACAAGCAUUGAGGAGGACCAUGGAGAUCUACUCGAACUCUACUAGGUUUGCUCUUGCGUGCAACACUUCGUCCAAGAUCAUCGAGCCGAUUCAGAGUAGAUGUGCACUAGUUAGGUUCUCAAGGUUGUCUGAUCAUGAGAUUCUUGGUCGUCUUAUGAUUGUGGUGGAAGCUGAGAAGGUUCCCUAUGUGCCGGAAGGCCUUGAGGCCAUAAUAUUCACAGCUGACGGCGAUAUGAGGCAGGCUUUGAACAACUUGCAAGCGACAUUCAGUGGGUUUUGCUUCGUCAAUCAAGAGAACGUGUUCAAGGUCUGUGACCAGCCUCACCCUUUGCAUGUUAAAAAUAUGGUCCGAAAUGUACUUGAAGGAAAAUUCGAUGAUGCCUGUGCUGGACUGAAGCAACUUUAUGACUUAGGUUAUUCGCCUACUGACAUAAUCACUACUCUCUUUCGAAUUAUCAAAAACUAUGACAUGGCUGAGUAUCUGAAGCUGGAAUUCCUCAAGGAAACAGGAUUUGCCCACAUGAGAAUUUGUGAUGGAGUUGGCUCGCUUCUUCAACUCUCAGGUCUUUUGGCCAAGCUAGCUAUAGUCAGGGAAACAGCAAAGGCUCCAUAAAUAGUUUUUUCAUCUGUGCUUCGUUGUUUAUCCCUGUGAAUUUGAGGUGCUGAAUUUCUCACACAUCAGUAGUAGGAGUUCUAGUACAUUUAGUUCAAGUUAUUUGUGUCCUUGUGCAGACUUCUGAGUGCAUGCUUUGCUAAAUAUUAUCUUUAGAAGUUCCUCAAAUA